AUGUCGACAUGGACAGUGAGUGAAAUUAAAAUUAUUCAGGACUACAUCACCAACAAAUCAGGUCCUAUCACAGUAGAUGAUCACAACAUUCUGCAGCAAACUCUGGUAAAACGAUCUUUACCAUCUAUAAAGAAGAAAUGCUUGGAUUUGAAACAUUCCAUUAACACAGAACAACCGUGUAAAACAAAACAAUCCAGCAGUUGGACCAGUGACGAAGAAAGAAGACUUGUGGAACUUUACAUAAACAGGGAUGAAAAGCAGGUGACUAAAAGGAUAAGAGCAAUAUUAAAUGCAUUUCCUGGUAGAACAGAAAAAGCAAUUGCUACCAAAUUGAGAGAAAAAUACCCAGAAAUUUAUUACGGAAAGAACAUUCCAACUAAAAUUGACCCCCGAACCCAAAAUGUGGAAGAAUCUCAAGCCGAGCGCUCCCAACAACGGGAUCCGUCCAUCGAGUCAACCCUGAAGUGUGCAAUAAAUCAGACUCAAGACGGUGACAUAUGCCAUAACACCAUCCCGGAAAGUGACGAUUUGACGACCGUUUGUUUGAAGGAAUUGAAUGAAUCUGAACUUGUAAAAGUGAGGACGAAAUUCGAUACAUUAUUCCGGCGAAUUCCAAAGAAAAAACGGAGCAUCAAAAAAUUCUACGUACGACCCUGUCACUUGAAUUACAUCGAAUACGUAGACCGGGUACUCGGAGAAAAUAUUUCCAAAAUAGAAAAUGGGUUUGUCUCUCAUAUUAAGAAACGAAAGGAAAUAAAGAAAACAAUUUAUGUAGCUGGCCUUCUCCUGCAAAAACACAUCCUGGGGAAAACCGACCGACAAGAUCCGAUUUACAUCAAAACGGAAAAGAAAAUCAAAUCGUUAGAACUCCGGGUUAAAAACGCAGAAGCAGUCGUUAACUGGAAAGGAGGCAUUUUCAAAAAGCAGUGGAAAGACGAGGUAGAGGAAAUGCGAAAAUUGAAAAUGAAACCGAAACAGUACAUUGUUUCUACGAACGACCGGAUAAGGAUCUUGAAGGAAAAAGCCGAACAUCAGAGGAAGCAAGCCCAAGCCCAGAAAAUUAGGUACCUUUUCAACAACAGACCGUCGAUGAAAAUUUUGGAAAAAUCUGUGGUUGCAAGUCCAGAACCAUCAGUGGUGACUGAACAUUACACGAAAAUGUAUACUCAGUGUAAUGAAAGCCAUGAAACUCCCAUCUUCAAUUCAUGGCUGCAAAAAUUCCAAAAAUUCACCAAUGGACGCGACUACAGUGGACAGUUAGAGGAACAAAAUUUGGAAAGAAUCAUCAAUGAAGCAAUCACCAAAACAUCCCCUUGGAAGAGCCCCGGAGAAGAUUGCAUUCCAAAUUACCUCUACAAAGUUCUUCCUUGUGCUAAAGAAUAUUUGAAAAAAAUUAUUAUUUCUAUAGUACGAGGAAAACAAGAUUUGAGUGAAGCAGAUGUGAGGGCAAAUAUUGUGCUGGUUCACAAGAAAGGCGAUGAAAACGAUCCAGCCAAUUAUCGGCCAAUAGCUCUGCUAAACACUGAGUACAAAAUUCUGACAUCGACGAUAGCUUCCAUCCUGAAAAACCACCUCCCAGAAUGGGCAAUCCCGAAGGAACAACUGGCCAGACAACACAUAUGGGGAACAAUCCAUGGUAUGCUUGUGGACAAGUCAGUGACGCAGCUAGCAAGAAUGAGGAGAAAGAAGAACUAUUCAGCCUGGUACGACUUCAAAAAGGCAUACGACUCCAUCUCACACAGGCAACUCAAAAGGUUGAUUGGAAAUUUACCUCUAGACCAAAACAUCAAGAAGGUACUCAGAGGCUCCAUGAACCUGUGGUCUGUUCAAAUAAAAAUCGGUAAGGACAAGACAAACCCGAUAUAUGUCAAGAGAGGAGUGUACCAGGGUGAUUCAAUCAGCCCUCUACUCUUCAUUCUGAUUAGUGCAGGCAUCAUUGAUCAUAUUAAGACCAGCCCAACAAUCAUGAAGUCCACACGAGGUCAACACGACAUCUUGGCAUUUAUGGAUGACAUAAAGUGCCAUGCAAAUACCAAGCAGAGAAUGAAAAUUAUAACGAAGGAGUUGGAAAAAUGUUCUGCUGAAAUUGGACUCUCUCUAAAUGUGAAUAAGUGUGGCAUUUAUUCGAGGAAAGGCUUAGAACCCCAAGAGGAUGUGAACGAUGUUCCUUUCCUUCCUGAAAUCAAAGAAGGAUACACAUACUUAGGACUGGCCCAAUUAGAAAGAGACACCACCGUCAAUUUGGAGAACAUCACCGAAAAAAUUAGGCAAAAAUCCGAAACAAUAUUUGGAUCGAAUUUAACAACCAGACAGAAAAUCCAACUUUUCAACAGCUCGAUAAUACCAGCUGCGAUAUAUGUUCUGGGUAACUUAUUUCCUGAAGAAAAGCGAGCGACAACCUUGAAGAAUUGUAGGGACUUGGACACAAUGUUUAGGAAAAUGCUAGUAGAUUACGACAUGAAAGGCAAAACAACAUCGAAUGCCCGUGUCUACUUAAGCCCUCUCAUGGGCGGCCUGGGAAUGAAAUCAGUUGAAAUUGAAACUGAAAUUCAUUACAUCAGGAAAGGAAUCUACUUGCAGUCCCAUCCCGACAUGACAAAUGUGUACGAAGCCUACAAAUCCCUUCAAGGUGCCGGAUGGAGAAAUCCUCUGAGCGACUGCCAAUUUGUUCUGGAAAAAUAUGGUUGCAACACAGAACAAUAUCCAAUGGGAAGCUACAAGAAAAGUUCCGACAACAUUAUCAAGGUCAUAAGGAAGCAUCAUCAUGACCAUCUGAUUGAGAAAUGGUCAGAAAACAUGAAUUAUGGUAGGAUAGUAGCAGAUGAAGGGAAUAAAAUCACUUUCCCAGCUUUUACAUCUCCCUAUAUGGAAAGCUGGAGGUUAUCACUACUUCACUCUGCAGCAGAAGAACAACUCCAUGGACUUGGUUGCAUCCCAGGACGUACCCGAGUUUGCAGACGUGGAUGUGGUAACAAUGAAACAGCUUACCAUGUGACUUCAUCCUGCCCUACCAACAUGUACAUCUCAAGACACGAUAAUGUUGUACAUUGGUUGUUAAAAACGAUCCUCACCACCACAAAUGCCCCUGAAGACAUCAUAAUGGGCCUGCAGUUCGGAAAAGCCACUCUUAUGGCAGAUUACGAACAACAAGGAAGGGGCAUUUCCAUCAGAGCAGGCCACAAGAUAUUGACGGAAAAGAAGAUGUACCACAACAAACCGGACAUCAUGAUGAAACUGUCAAACCCAGAUCGCAUCAUUCUGAUCGAAGUAGCCAUCGCCCAUAUUCAGAACUACCGACUUCAGGAAAAAAUCAAGAGAAAUCGCUAUGCGGUCAACUCGACGAUCAAGAUUGACAAUAAAAAUGUCGAUAAUGUAGUCAGGGAUGUCAACAUAGUUGGUGAACUUGAGAAGAUCCAUAGAUGUCCUGUAGAUCUCGGAAUAUUCGUCGUUGGGUGCAGCGGUGAGAUGAUUGUGACAGAAGAACAAGUGAAGUUCGCGAAAAUUCUUUCUAAAGUGCUCGGUCUGACUAAUAGUGAAAUUCAACAUCUUUUCACUAAAUGUAGUUAUAGUGUUUGCCUAUCAACUUCCCAAAUUCUUUUGAAACAUUUGAACUUGAAAAUGUGA